AUGUCAGUCGCCGUCUGUUCAGCAGUCACCGAGGUGGAAGAAGUGGAAAAUUCUCCGCCAAACGCGAAACCUCGCCUUCGGGGGCGUAGACUCGUUGAAGACGACACUGCUGGGAAACUAGAGCUCGAGCUCUUGGAGAGGGUUGAAGAUGUCCUUCCUCAGGAACUGGGUUCUUCAACAGGACCCGGGGAUCUCUUGCAGAGAUUAAAUCUUCUCACGAGAGAUCGCGUCUUGGACGACUUUUUACAGAAAAACCACCGCUGCCGUCAACUGUUCUCGGAGUUGUUGUGCUGUCGCUACUCAUACCUGAAGGAACAAAAGAAUUCUGAAGAUACGAAUGGCGAUGGAGACCAGGAAAUAUCGCUUGCUGCAUCAUUCAGCGAGGAUUUCCAACCCAUAGACUCGAAUGGAGAUAUCGAGAGUACAGUGACUAUGAAGAAAGGCCGGCGUUUGCAACCUGUUUCAACAUACUUGACCUCAAAAGAUGCGAUACUUGAGUGCGUGGACGCAUACGAUGGCUUCGACCCCAUUUACAGUGACUCACCAGGUGCUUUCUCGAUUAUGGACCCCAUCUCUCUGCAUGAGCUUGAGUUAGUGGAGAAGAUGUACUCCCAUAUGGACAAGCUGUUAAGCAAGGAGUCGGUAGACGAAGUUGUCCAAGACGUGCCGAAUAUGGCGCCCCAGCUUAAAGAAGCUCUCACUGAAGUGUUUGCCAAACUUUCAGAUUAUUCCGCCAAGUUUCAGCAGGAGUUUCAAAAGAAUAUCUUCUCUCAGCUGCCGGCAAAGUCUGGGAUCGAACUGGAAAUGACCAUCAAAUGGCAUGACCCAGAAGAGAGCGCAGACAGAGAUAGAGGAGGGGACGAAGGCAUGGAUUUUGAAUCUGAGCCCUCGCAAAACUUGAACCAACGACCUGGGACCCCCAUCACUCCAGCUGAUUUCAAGCUGCAGCCGUAUAAAGAUUGGCAUAUCGAAGGACCAAAAGUCCAGCUAGCCAGGGCGAAAAACUUCCUUGCUGACUGCGACGUCGAUCGGACAGCGGACUGGAAGCACAAAGUCGCAGAGCUGACCGAGUACCUCGCAUAUCUGGGCUCUACAGCUCAGGGAGACGAAGAUUUGUUUCACGAUCUCGAAGAGGUUCACGACAUGCUUCAGGCACAUGCAAUCUUUGAAAACUACCACUACGGAGAGCAGCAGCUCAUCGUCGACUUUCCAACGAACAUCUGGCCAACACAGAGCAAAAGACUGCCUCCGCUCCCGGGCCCUGAGGUCACCCUUCGCCCUGGGCGGCGUGAUUUGACAGCCCCUAGACGUCUUCUCCAUGUGGAUGUGGCGAGUGCCUAUGACCAGCAGUACGAGCUGCCGGUUGAGGUCCUGAGGAGGGAUUAUCUGGAGCCUUACUGGAAGGACAGUGAGAGGUUUUGGGCAGCUGGUCCAUCUGCUGACGCGAAUGAGCCGACAAAUCUUGCGGCUUGCGAGAAUGAAGCUUAUGAAGAAUGCAUGAAUGGCAAAAUGGCGCAGACGGUGAGAUUCCUCGAGGACAAAGGCGGUUUUUGUCUUCCAAAAAGUCACGAUAGUGCCUUGAAGGUCAACAGAAGCAUUCUGGAAGCGUUUGCGAGAUUCCACGGUGGCCAGCGUGCUGCUGUUCAGCAGUGCCUCAACAUCUUCGACCAUGACGAGAACCGGAAAAUGUGCAGCUCUUUGCGUGUUCUCGCCCUCCCUGAACCUGUUGACGAGAAAAAGAAGAAGAAAUCCGAUGCUGGAAUUUUCUUCACUACUAAGAAGCUGGCGCAUCCGCCCGAGAAGGAAUCGAGGGAUCCUUGGGCUUAUACGAGAUCCUAUCAGCAGUUUAAGAAGGAGGAAUUGCGCUGGGCUCAACGGGUGAAGGGCAAUUCUGUCGCGAAGUCUACCGGAAACAAUGAAGUCAGUAUAAGCCUCCCUAAAAACUGGAAGGGUCCCGUAUUGUCAUCUCCAAUGAGUUCCAGCAUGAGGAAGACGUACGAGCAUCUGCGGCGCUGCCAAAAGAUCCAGCAGGGGCUGAAGCGAGCUGCGAAUCGAGCACCCCGAGACUUCAUCAGCGGACUUAUCGAAGCCGUGGAAGCCGGUCUGGCUGGCAAACAAUCUGCAGCAAAGGAGAUGAAUCUGAGAUUUGGCGAACACGAGUACGAAUCGACUAAUAAACGUACUCUUGCCAACAUUCGCCCUACAGAGGCGGCGUGGCUAGAGUAUAUCUGCCAGCCGUCACGGAAUCGUCCAUACAUGCUGGACGAGUCUCUUGGGAGGUUGGGAGAAAUCUUGCUAUCGAGAGUGGCGCGCAUGAUGAAUGAUAUCAGUCCUGUAUCGCUAUUUUGGGAUAUGAAGCCCAAAACGAUGUGUGCCUUGUUGAAAGAGCUGAACGUUGGAUGUCGUGGGCCAGUAAAGAGGUAUAAGUUCACUGAGAAGGACGUUAAACUGCUGGCACCAAAGUUGCAUGAUUUGAAGGUCCUGAGACUUUACACGAACGUAUUGAAUGGGGAAUGGAUGUUUGGCCGGCCGGAUACAGAGUUUCAUCCUGAAGACUUGGUCAGAUGGCCCGAUUACGAGCCUCGACAACAGCAGCAAAGCCAGUCUUUAGAUGAUAGUUUCUCCGAUCAAGUCUCCGUCAUCCCGGGAACCUCUGAGGAUUUCUACGAGUAUCCCAGAGGCAUGCCUAGAAGGGAAGACGUCAUCUCCCUUCGAGAUUUCAUCAGGAAUCCUAUAAGAAGUGCCGAGUGGCAUUGGCGGACGACGAAUUUCUUCCAUUGCUUGGGUUACCGCCUAGGUCAGACGCUCAAGACACUUAAGAGAGUGCAUGAAGAGAGUCACGAGAAGGUUCGAGAUACUGACAAAGAAGAGUACAACGACUCUGUUCUCCGCACCGCAAUCUCACGUUGGGAAGAUGAUGCUGAGAGGCUUCCCAACGAUCCAUUAAACUGCCCAGCAGGAGAAAACAGCCCCUGGCGUAUGACAAUGACAUACCAAGACGUGGUCAAAACGGCAGAUCCAGAUACUUAUGAGCAACACCAAUCGGCCUGGGCAGAAGCUGGCCGUUCCGCGUGGAAAGAGGCCUCUGAGAUUGUGCGCAAGAAUCUUCUGCGCGAGGCGUAUGAAAACAAGACAAUGUUGUGGCCGCUCCCUCUUCCAUACAAUAGCUACGCUACGAACUAUCAAGUCGCAGAUCCGACAUCCUGGCGAGAGCGCCUCGCGAGAUACUGGAAAGGCAAAGAGUCAACGGCGGCCUAUCAAGCUCGAGUUGAUGCCCUUGACGCUCAUAUCCAGAAAGAAGAGGAAAAAUCCGAAAAAGAAGGAGGAGCUACAGCAGCUCAGAAGCAAACUCUGAAAACGACACGACGCGAGCCAAUCUGGACAUUUGGACAUCCGUCGAGAAAAAAGACCGUUCACCUGUUUUGGGAUAUCAACAACUGGCCGGUGCAUCUUCAGUCGGAGCGCAGACGUCAAAUUAUUGCGUCUCGAGGACCUAAGAAAGAAAAACACGGUGAUGGCGCUGCGAAUAAUGACGAAGCUAUUGCUGCUUUUGCUGAGAAGAUGGACAUGGAAGAAGAUGAAAUCCCAUUUUACAGAAAGGCAGCUCAGCGGCGCAAGUUUGUUCCUGGCAUGCGUGGAUUUCUGAUGGGAGACACGCCUUUGCAAAAGAAUAAGAUUGAAAAUAGAAUGAAGAUGAAGCUUGCGCCAACAGGCUCGAGGAAACGCACCUGGAAAGACGUCCUCAAAUCAGUCGUCCUGGGUUCUCCGAAAAAGAGGAAACUCGAAGCUAUUUCCGACGACUUGCCGCCUCUGCCUGCAGAUCAGAUCCCUCAGAGUCGACCGUCUAAAAGACGUCGUACCCAGACUUUGCUACAAAAGAUGGGCAAAGAUGAGGACCGGGAUCUGUUCGCGGUGGCUAGAGGCGAGAAAGGUGUUCGAGAAACGCCCAGCACGGUUCCUACUUAUGCUCGGGCCGUGCCUUUGGAGAUGGGCGAGGUGACGUAUUAUAUCCCUGAUAGGAGAGUCCAAGGAGAUGAUGCGAUGGAUGUUGAUGAGCCUCAGAUUGAAAUUGGACUGCCGAUGAAGAGAUAG